CACAGUACAACUUCUCCGUCGCGAUCCCCACAGGCGGAGCAAGUUGCAACUGCUCCGCUUUUGUUUUACUUCUGUCUUGAAUUUCUUAAAUUUGCCCCCAUUAACCAAAUUCACCUCAAUUGACACCUGCAAUUCUAUUUAUUCUCCUCGUCGGAUCGCUUUCAAGCAUUCACUAAAAUUGUCUCCUCCUCCAGCAGGCAACAGCAACAUCUCAACCUCAACCUAAUCCUCCAAUACAAUCUACUACUUCUACUACCACCACUCCCUUCCCUCCCCAGAACCAACAACCAUCAUCAUCACAACCACACCCACCUCUUAACCCCGAAAAAGACAAAAUCAUGGCUUCCGACUCCGCUGCAAACACCCCCGGUGCUGACUCCGCCGCUGCAACUCCCUCCGCCACCACCACCACCACCCAGGUCCGUCCCGGCGGCGCCCCGAUUAGAAGAUACAUGAAUGAGAAGAUCGUGCCGCAUCUUCUUGAUGGAAUGACGGUCGUUGCGAAGGAGCAACCACCCAACCCCCUCCGCGUCCUCGGCGAAUACCUCAUCCAGAAGAGCAAUGAAAUCGAACAGCAGGGUGUAUCGAAGACUCCAGAGUAGACAUUCUUGUUCAAACGACCAUUGGUGCUGAUCCGUGAUGUGUUACACGAGACGAUCAACGAGCUCAUACACCAUCCCAUACCAUCUACGGUGGAAUAAAGGCUGGCUAAGAUCUCAGUGGAC